GUGUAUGCUUGUUUUCAACAAAAAAAAAACAUUUUUUCGCAUCAUUUAAAGUUAAACGGACGACGCGUCUAUCACAGACUUGUAAUUUUUUCGUAUGUAUUGUGCUGUAGUGUAAUUUUAUUGCUAAAUAUAUAAAAAGACUUGCUAUAUUCAUAGCUUUGUGUGCAGCGCAAUAGUGUUCAGUGCAUACUUUCAGUAGAACACAAAUUUGUAGUGUUGAACUGUAAAAGCACAGUUAUUUUGAAGCCAAACCAGCAUCAGCGUCAGUGUUAGACACAUGGACUCGUCGGGGCCAAAUGGAUCGCGCCAACAGAUCCGCAAAGCGAAUCAAAACAUUCAGGUCUAUGUGCGCGUCAGACCGCUCAAUACGCGCGAGCGCUGCAUACGUUCUACUGAAGUAGUGAAUGUUAUUUCGCCCAAGGAGAUUGUUACACGCCAUGUCUUGGACUCAAAGCUCACAAAAACGUUUACAUUUGAUCGCGCAUUUGGACCAGAUUCGCGUCAGUGCGAUGUCUACUCCACUGUUGUGGCCCCUCUCAUUGAGGAGGUGCUCAGUGGCUAUAACUGCACUGUAUUUGCUUAUGGCCAGACGGGUACGGGUAAAACGCAUACUAUGGUAGGCACUGAGUGUGCCGAGCUAAAGUCCUCUUGGGAAGAUGACUCUAAUAUUGGCAUUAUACCUCGCGCCCUUAGCCAUCUGUUCGAUGAGCUGCGCUUGAUGGAAGUAGAGUAUACAAUGCGUAUUUCUUAUUUGGAGCUGUACAACGAAGAGCUCUGCGAUCUGCUCUCUACCGAUGACAGUACAAAGAUACGCAUAUUCGAUGAUAGCACCAAGAAGGGAUCCGUCAUAAUACAGGGACUGGAAGAGAUACCUGUGCACAGCAAAGAUGAUGUUUACAAGCUGCUAGAAAAGGGCAAAGAGCGACGCAAGACGGCCACCACGCUAAUGAAUGCGCAAUCUUCACGUUCACACACAGUCUUCUCUAUUGUGGUACACAUACGUGAGAAUGGCAUCGAUGGCGAUGAGAUGCUUAAAAUAGGCAAACUGAAUCUGGUUGAUCUGGCAGGUAGCGAGAACGUUUCCAAGGCGGGCAAUGAGAAGGGCAUACGUGUGCGGGAAACUGUCAAUAUAAACCAGAGUCUGUUGACGUUGGGACGUGUGAUCACAGCGCUCGUGGAUCGUGCUCCACAUGUGCCGUAUCGCGAGUCGAAGCUGACGCGUUUGUUGCAGGAGUCACUGGGUGGGCGCACAAAGACUUCAAUCAUAGCCACAAUAUCUCCGGGCCACAAAGACAUUGAAGAAACAUUAAGCACGAUGGAGUAUGCGUAUCGCGCUAAGAAUAUACAAAACAAACCCGAGGUUAAUCAGAAGCUCACCAAGAAGACAGUGCUCAAGGAGUACACCGAGGAGAUCGAUAAGUUGAAGCGAGAUCUGAUGGCGGCACGUGAUAAAAAUGGCAUCUAUCUGGCCGAGGAGACCUAUAGCGAGCUUACGAUCAAGAUGGACUCGCAGACACGCGAGCUGAACGAGAAAAUGCUGCUGCUCAAAGCACUUAAAGAUGAGCUGGCAAACAAAGAGAAAAUCUUCAACGAGGUCAGCAUGAGUUUGAUACAAAAGACUCAAAAGUUGGAGCGCACUGAACAGCAUCUAAGCGAAACGAAGGGCACACUGCUGCUAACCAAGAAGGUGCUAAGCAAAACCAAGCGUCGCUACAAGGAGAAGAAGCAGGUGAUCGACUCACAUGUCAAGACCGAAGAACAGUUGACCAAUCAGGCAAAUCAAAUACUUGAAGCAGCCGAUCUGGCCAGCGAAGAUACGUACAAGUUGCAGGGCACCAUUGAGCGACGACGCCAUGUAGAUGAAAACAUACGCAGCGCUUGCACAGAGUUCACGGAGCGCAUGCACAAUCAGCUGGAGCAGGUGGAGGGCAGUUUGCAGCAGUAUCAGCACCAACAUACGGAUUCCACACGAAAACUGUCGGAGGAGCUAGGAUAUUGCACUAAUGUAACCCGUCGCCUGGUGGGCAAUGCUACCAAGAGCUUUGACAGCUUGCAAGCAGUCGCAAGCGAAUCUUUGGUGUCCCAAGGACAACUGUUGACACAGCUUGUCGACGCUGUAGGCGGCUCCACUGAUACGCACACUCAGUCGCUAGUUGCGCAAUUGCUGGAGCAGAUGCAACAACGCCAGACGCAACUUAGCGAGGAUAUUAUGUCCAAUUUGGCAGAUCUACAAACCAACAAUGAGCACCAUAAACAGGCAAUUGAAAAUAUGCGCAUCGGCUGCUCCAAUAUAAUUGAACGUCAGGCUAAAGCGCUGCAGCAACAUGUGCAGAAUGUGGAGCAACAGUUGCAGUCAUUGACCACACUAAUGGCACCAAAUGCGGAGCAGCUGCAGCAAUUGCAGGAUGACUUGACAUACGAAAAGCAGCUGGCCCAACAGGAAACUGAGCUAAUGAAUAAGCUGGUAGAGCUGCAUCAGCAGCGCAGCAAAAAGUUGCUUGGCAUGGGCACACGCGUCACCCAGUUGCAGCACAACCAUGUGGCAGCCAACGAGCAAGUGCAGCUUAGCAGCAAUGCCAUGCAGUCGUAUGCCAUGGAAGGCGCUGUUUCAGCGCAGGCAGCAAGAGAUGAGCUCUGCACGCAGCUGCAGGCGGCAGUGCUAUGUGUGGACCAGAGCGUGGCCAAGUGCUCAACCCUAAACGUGCAACUGGAUAAUCUCUGCAAGCAGAAUGCUAAGCAGGCCGAGAGCAGCAUGCAAAUGGUGCGCAGUCAGCAGCAGCAGCUGCGUGAACUUUGCACUGCCAAUGAGGAACGCUCGCAGCAGUUGCGUGAGGAGCAGCAGCAGCAGUUGGUGCAGAUGGGCGUACAACUGCAGCAAGCACUAACCGAGAAUCUGCACCUGGCCAAUGGCCAUGCGGCCAUUACUAGCGAGAUCGUCGAGAAGCUCGAUGAGCAGUGUGAACAGCAUGCAACGCAGCAGCAGCAACAGCUACAAUCUUGUCAGCAGCAAGUGCAUAAUUUUACGCAGAGCGAACUCCAGACAUACGCUGCCACAGGUGUCACACCCAGCAAGCGUAAUUAUAUUUAUCCACGCACGCUGGCUGUCACCUCGCCGCACCAGGAAAUAGUGCGUCGGUAUCGUCAGGAGCAGGAUUGGUCAGAUCUUGAUACAACGGCGCCCAUAGACGAAGGCAGCGAGGAUGAGGAGCAUGAGCAGUUGCUGAGCUCAGUGCAGGAGCUGUCCGAAACGGAAACCAUUCUGAACUCCACACCCAUUGAGCGCGUCGAACAGCGUGGCUCACUGCGAAACUCUGGGCGUGUGCAGAACAAUGCACUCAGUCCUUCACAGCCUAAGCAGCGACAGAACUCGCUGGGCAAGCCGCUCACGCCCAGCAAGCAGUCGCCGCGCAAUACGCCGCUCAGUUCGCCAGCCUUCAAGCGGCACAACAAAGAGAACAUGGUCUAAGGCAAAUAUUUAUUCUAUAUAUGGAGGAGUCCAGUGAAGUCGUAAGCGCUAAUUGGAGCAUUUCUCAGCUAUUUGCACUGUUGCUUUAUUAUUUUUUUAUUUUUAAUGUUUAAUUCAUUGAGAUUCAUCUUUCAAUUCGCACAUUUACUUGGCACUCAAUAAACAAAUUUUGUCGAAGCA